AUGGUGCAGCACGUUCCAAGUGUUCCUCGAGACGGCGCGGCACCACAACAACAACACGACACGCAACACAAAAUGACCGAUGGCCCCUUCAUCGCCGUGGCCUCCGACAUGGACGGCACGGUGCUUGACACCAAUCACCACCUCACUGACUUUACGAAAAGCACGCUGUACGAACUCUCGUCGCUUGGCGUCCACGUCAUCAUCGCUACGGGGCGCCACCACCUCAGCGUUGCCUCCACGAAGCAGGACCUUCUUCAGUACUACCGAAAGAGGAGGCAGACAGCAGGGGCAUCUGGCUGUCUCAAUGGCAAUGAGGGUUUAUACAUCAUAACAUCGAAUGGGGCGCGAGUGCACAACCCGGCUGGUGAGGCGAUCGUCUCACGUGACCUGGACAGCAGUAUUGUGAGGACUCUCUACGAGAAGUUCGCUCUCCGCGAUCACGGAGAAUCGCCGCAGAGCAUGGUGUCAACCUCGGCGUACCAGACAAACAUAUGGUGGCAGAACCGUACGUUCAUGAGUGCGGAACGGAUGCUGGAGAAGUUCGGCGUCGUGCCAGAGGUGCGGCCGAAUAUCAUGGAGGACUUUCCCACCACCGGUGUUGGCAAAGUGUGUUUUCGCUGUGAGAACAGGGACAUCCUACAUCAGUACGAGAAGGAAAUCAACUUGAUGUUUCAUGGACGCGUAGAGGCAGCAAUGUCGUCUGACCUGUGUCUUGAUGUGAUGGCCGCUGGCGUCUCGAAGGGAACAGCGCUGCAGGAGAUCGGCAAAAUCUUAAACUUCGACCCUGCGCGGGAUGUCAUUGCCUUCGGCGACAGCAUGAACGACAGGGACAUGCUGGCUACUGUAGCGAAAGGCUGUGUGAUGCGUAACGGGCAGCAGCGGUUAAAAGCCUCGCUUCCAAACGCUGAGGUAAUUGACUCCAAUGACGAGGAUGGCGUUGCACGAAAGCUGCGAGCGGUCUUUCAGAUGGACACAAACUAA